AUUUAAGCAUGAAAGAAAGAUUCCCUUACAGAGGUUGAUUCGACCGGAUCAGCAAAUGAAUGGUCAGUGGAUAAGGCGCAGAUGUUUCUGACGGGUGCUGCCUUCGUUCGCUUCGCAAACGCAUUCCUGGACACAUUCAAGCUGGGGAGAAAUUUCGUUCUUGUUAUCAAUUUUCUUUGGGGCAAUGGCAUCGCAUCGCGCUACACUCUUUUCCAACGACCGGAGGACCGGGCGGUCUACUGGAGAGAGAGGUGUUUCGAGUUGACUACACCAAUUGGCCGUGUCGACUUUGCACGCCAGUUGUACAACCAUCUUCAUGUGCUCGAGAGCAGUCUGGAGGAAGACGAAGACACGGAAAAGAAGACGCGAGAGCUCAGAACUACGAUUAAAACGCAAGCCAGGAAGUAUUCUAUAGAGUCGGUGACUCGAGAGCUCAGAACUACGAUCAAAUCGCAAGCCAGGAAGUCUUCUAUAGAGUCGGUUCAUACAAGGGGAACCAAGAGGAAACAUGAGCCAGACAACGGUAGCAGCAAUGUCGCUAGCCGCCGCCGCCGCCUCGGCGACGGUGCAAAUCCUGCGGCAGCAGCUGCAGAACUGAGAGCGCACGGCUAUGAGAUCAAACCGGAAGUCAUUUUUGAUACAAGCGGCGUUGCAUUGGAGCCACUUUUCAAGAUGCCGUCUCAUAUUCUUACCGUGUAUCGACCAUCAGAUCCGAGUACUGAAUUCAUUGCGAAGGAACUCGAUGAGGGGUCGAACGAGCUUCAGAUCCUCGCAGAUAUUCGUCGCCUCUCAACGAAGUCUGAACACGUCAUCUCCUUGCUUGAUUCAUUCCCUGGCCAGGCAGGCGCAUGGGCCAUUCUGCCUAAAAUACCGAAUUUUCUUGCGGAUUAUCUCGCAAUCGUUCCUCACGAACUUCGCGGCAACGUUGUUGAAAUCUGUUUGGGCCUCAUCGAGGGCCUUACGUAUCUUCACGAAAAUCUCUUCGCGCACGGAGACAUCAAGCCCGACAACCUUCUUGUCGACAUCGACUUCUGCCUGAAGAUCAUCGACUUCGACCUCGCGGUUCGUCUACGAUAUGAAGGGGAGAAGGUGACCGGCUAUUGCGGGACGGAGGGCUGGAUUCCCCCCGAGGUCGAGAAGGGAUUGGAGUACGAUCCUAUCAAGGUUGACUGCUGGCAAUGUGGAUGUGUUAUCCUGCACCUGUUUGACAGACUCAAGGAAAGUGACGAAUCCUUGAGGGUUUUUGCGAAGGAGCUGAAGGCGAAUGACCCAAGAGAUCGCCCGCAGCUACGCGAAUGGGGCAAUGGGGCGCACCGGCUUCGCCACUCUCACCGGCCUCGUCAGCCUCGUCAGCAACCUCGCCAGCCUCUCUAGUCCCACCGGACUCGCUGCCCCCUCUAAGUAUGCCCAGAAGUAGCUUUGAUGAUGCUUGGCAACGCCGAACAGAAGUCGUUGAAGAUCAUACAGAGGAUUCUGAUCCGCCAACGAAGAAGAUUCGGCACGCAAAGCCUUUACGAAACGCGGCUGCCGGUCGCAAGAACAUCAGAGGGCUUCGAGUAAGCGAAAUUCUGCCGUAGCUCUCUGUGGUUGUCUGUAGCACUCCGUAGCUCCGUAUCAUGCCUGUAGCGGCAUGUAGCGGUCCAUAACAGAUGGCGGAAACUUAGCACUGCAAGCGCACGCCGUGACUUCACAGCAGAAUC